UAUUCUGUUAAAAUAAAUUUGAUUUAAAAAUAACUAAUUGUUUGAAAGAAAUCAAUAAUAAUAUUAAUAUCAAAAAAAACGAAUGGAUCACAUUAGAGAGGAAGAACAGUCGUGUGAUAGCUGUACUCACCAUCAAAACCAACAACACCUUAGAUAUUCACCUCCUAUUUCACUACAGCUACCGAAGCCGCCAAUUGCUCACAAUGGUUACGAAAUACGGCCGCCUCACAGUGUCAGCUCGUCGACUACCGGUACCAAUAGUGCCAGUGUAUCACCCGAUCCUCAACUCAUGAACUCUCAUUUGGCUGUCGACCGAUUGACCGGAAUCUCGCAUUCCGUACAUAACAUCAUACAGAAUCGUGGAAUAGAUAUUGUUGGCCGACGUAAACGUCGGGCCAAUCCUAUACCCCAGGAAAACAAAGACGGAGCUUAUUGGGAACGCCGUAAACGUAACAACGAAUCGGCCAAACGGUCGCGAGAGGUCAGACGGGUUAAAGAAAUUCAUUCAAAUGCAAGGCUUAUGUUUCUUGAAGAAGAAAACAUUAAACUCCGGGCAGAAGUCGAUACGCUUAGGGAUGAAAUCGGAAAGUUAAGGGAAAUGUUGUAUUGUAAUAGACAUGAUAGCCAUCCACAUCAUCACCACCACUGAUAUAUAUAUAUAAUUAUAUAAAUAUAUUUAUUGUUAUAAACAAUUAAU